AUGCAAGACCAGAUGAAGAAGAAGAACAAUACAGUUGAACGUCAAUGUGGUGCAAUCAGGGCAAUUCGUGAUGUGGAGGUUGAACAGUUACAGACUUGGUUGCGUUUGCUCCGCUCGCAUUUCACCGAGGAACAGCUGCAGAUUCCUGUACUGAAGUUUUUUAAAGAAAACCUUCCAAAUCUUGCAGUUUUAAGUAAUGGAAAAGAUGGACACUAUGAGGUCCAAUGGAGGGAUAAAUAUGGUAUAUUCAUGGACCAGGCUGAUGGAAGAAACAUACACUCAUCUCUUCUACAUCGAAUGUCCAUGGUUCAUCCCGACUGCUCUGCUACACUGCCUUCUUUUAGUGGCUUAGAGUUUUCAAGCAAAGCAGUGAAAACAAGCCUCCUUGGUGCUGAGAACCCACAGAUCGGGGAUUUUGCUUUGGAAGAGCCAUCCAAUUCUCUGAUGUGUGGGUUGCAAAAUGCUUUCCAAACACCUGGGUUGCAGGCGAAUAGUCAGAGGUUAUCUGUUGGGGCGUAUUUAAAGAAGACAACAUGGAAGCUUGAAUCAGAAGAGGAUUAA